AUGUCUACACCAGUGCAAUUAUACGUUUACGACCUCAGCAAUGGCUUGGCCCGGCAGAUGUCCAUGCAACUGACGGGUCGACAGAUCGACGGUAUAUGGCAUACGUCUGUAGUCGUCUUUGGCAAGGAGAUCUUCUAUGGGCAAGGUAUCAGCAUUACACCUCCAGGCAAGUCUCAUCUGGGACAACCAUUCAGAAUUGUCGAGAUGGGGGAAACUGCUAUAGAUGAAGAUACCUUUGAGCAAUACCUCUCAGAGAUGGGUCAACAGUUCACUGCGGACAAGGCAAAUUUCAAUUGUAAUACCUUUAGUAACGAGUGCAUCGGGUUCCUGACGGGAGGGAAACAUACCAGACUAUAUCAAAUUAUAGAUGCCAUGUUCCGUGGGGGUGCACAUUCGGGGCUUCCCACUCCACCCCCAGAAGCCGUCCGCGCCGCUGCACAAGUUUCACCAAAUCCCGCUCUCGCCACUGGCCUACUCGAGUCCAUCGCAGCACGCGCUUCCUCUAGUGGUCACGCGGAAUCAUACAUUCCUACGCCUGCGCCAACCUCUCCACCUACUCCUGUCGCUGCCGAUGUCAAGGACUGCACGAAUCUCACACACUUUCAGUCUCUUUUAAGGGACAACCGUGUUGUCAUCGCAUUUUUUACGAGUAAAACCUGUGGACCCUGUCGUGUGGUUGAGCCCGUAUUCCAGGACCUUGCUAAACAGAAAGCCAAGAGGAACGAGGGUGUUGUGUUCGCGAAGGUGGAUUUGGCAGUUGGCGCUGGUGCUGCUGUUGCGAGUCGAUAUGGGGUUCGUGCGACACCCACAUUUAUCUUCUUCUUAGAUGGCAGGAAGACGCACGAGCUUAGAGGAGCCAAUGCACCGGAAUUACGAACUCAAGUUGACCUACUCCUCUACGAGGCAUUUCCCCCUCAUCCUCACAGAUCGAUUUCCCUGCCGGCCACCGACUCCAUAACCCUUAAACCUAUUCUCUUCACCCAGAUACCUAAUCUGGAUACUCUACUAUCCAAGCUCAACGAAUUCAUCGACGCCGUCUCACCAUGGACUGGUGUACUCACCCAAGCGCAGAUUAAGCAGGCACUGUCGAAGACCGUCAUCCCAUUUCUCAAGGCUUCUUCUUCUACACCACCACCUCCCCAACCACCGACGGCACCAUUCGACUAUUGGCCGGCUCUCGUGUUGAGCUUGGUGUCAAACUUGACAGUUGGCGAUUUAUUUCCACUGGCCGACAUUUGGCGGAUUGCACUUCUCAACCCCAAAUUCUCUGAGUGGAGCGCCGUCAAGAAGGGUCCGCAGAACCCUAUGAAUGUGCUGCUGUCUAAGGCUCUCGGGUCAAAGGAUGUUCCACGGAACUACCUACUUACUGUCCUCAGAAUGCUUUCGAAUGCUUUUUCUAACACCAAUUUAGCACGGGAGUGCACCACGUCCAUGCGAAAUGACCUUACGGCAGUUCUAGUGUCGUCUUUGCUGCAUGAGAAUGCAACAGUCAGGACGGCUGCAGCAAGCCUGGCUUUCAACGUUGCAGCCCACUUCCAGAAGCGGAGGUUGGAGACAAUAGAGUCGCAUGGCAAUAUAGAUCCCGAGGAGGAGGAUCUAGACUGGGAACUCGAAAUAAUUAGCGCACUCCUUGAGGCAAUUGGGCGAGAGAACGCAAGUGAAGAUAUAGUUCAUCGUCUAACUGCUUCGUUGGCUCUCCUUUUACGGUUCUCGCCCUUCACUGGAGACCUCACUCCGCUCAUGGAGGUAUUGCGGUCACGUAGUGUCUUGACAGGAAAGUUGCAGAAGGGCAACACUGGUGGCGUCACAAAAGUGGAGAUACGCAAGUUGAUUACCGAAGUUGCGGAGAAGCUUUGUCCUUAG